GUAUAAUGGCGUAAGUACAAAAAUAAAAAGUGCAGCUGGGUUCAGUAAACCUUUUAAGGUAAACGUUGGAGUCCAUCAGGGAUCGGCCCUAAGCCCACUUCUGUUUAACCUCAUAAUGGAUCUGCUAACCAAAGAUAUUCAGCCACCUUUGCCCUGGUGCCUUAUGUAUGCGGACGAUAUUGUACUGCUCGAUCAUUGUGCACAAAAUCUGCAAAUAACAUUGGAAUCGUGGAGGCAUGCUCUAGAAGCUAAUGGAUUGCGCAUAAGCAGAAAUAAAACAGAGUACAUGGAAUGCAUCUAUAACCCUAACACUAGACAUCGUAGCACUAUAAGUCUUCAAGGAAAACCGCUUAACAAGGUAUCACAAUUUAAAUAUCUGGGGUCCAUGAUAUCAUCGGAUGCCAAUAUUGAUGCUGACGUUACACAUCGAAUCAAUGUGGCUUGGCAGAAAUGGAGGAGUCUGACGGGAGUAUUAUGUGAUCCAAAGAUGCCAAUAAAGACCAAAGGAAAAGUCUACAAGACCGCAGUUAGACCAGCUCUAAUGUAUGGCUCCGAGUGCUGGGCAAUCAAAAAAGCUCAAGAGCAAAGAGUUCAUGUAAAUGAAAUGAAAAUGCUUAGAUGGGCGGCCGGCGUAACUAGACUUGAUAAAGUGCGCAAUGAGUACAUCAGAGGAAGUUUCAAGGUCGCUCCCAUCUCAGAGAAACUCACUGAACAGCGUCUAAGAUGGUAUGGACACGUAAUGAGGCGUGAAGAAAACCACGUAGUAAGGAGGGCACUAAACUUGCCAAAUAGAAGACGGGGUCUGGGACGUCCCCCCGCCACCUGGUGGUCUACCAUAUCAAAAGACAUGGAGAGAGCCCAAUUGAACAAACAGACAACCCAGGAUAGACCAUCCUGGCGCAUGAGAACGAGGAGAGCCGACCCCAAAUAAAGGGAUAAGGCAAAGGAAG